AUGAAGACCCGUCGUCGUCAACGUCUCCGUGGCAUUCUGCACCUACUGCUGUCGGACAUCCAUCUUCUAGAAUACCUUUUCUGCUCCCGACUUUGUAACGACCAAUCCGUGUACAACUCGGCAGUCUACUGGACAAGACUUAGUGCGACUAUGCAGCAUUGUGAAAGGAAUGCUAUGUACUCUUGGAAGAGUUCGAAAAAAAAGAUCCUUUUUGUGGCUUGGAAGAUGCCUUGCAUAAUGACGAUCACGAAGCGAAACUACACUACUCAGACUGGUCUACUACAGCGAUUUUCUGCAUACCCAAUGGAUGACAUGUAUGAUCCUUACGUACCGCAGUACGUAAAUUGCUCGCGCUCUGGAAAAUCUUCUCCCGUAUCGGAGGACGACUUAUUUGAAGAACAACCGAGCAGGCCUUAUGAGGAACUAGUGUCUCGCAAGCGCAGUGAAUUACCGGAAACAAACGGGACCUCUGCUUCGUCGUUGCACAUGCGCUCGAACAAGCACGACCACUACCUGCAUCUACUGGAUUUCUACCGUCACUUUUUCCUCAAUGCAUGUGAUCCCAUCCACAUCAUUCAACAUUACGCAUAUCGACAAUCCGGCAAAAAGGGCAAGAACAAAAGCCUGAAAGACCUUCCCGAAUCAAUGGUCACUUUCCUCAUAGAUUUCGUCCUUGAUGCAAUGGGAUUGUUCGGCGAUGAACUCCUUUUACCACCCGCAGAUUGCGCUAGAAUUCACGGAAGGUACUGGGCUGCUCUGGGCGAGACGGAGUCUCAAAGAAGAAAAAGGUUCGAUGCGCUAUCCGAAGCGCGAACAGACUGGAGUACGCAUGCACGCGAAGCCCUUUGCAGAGCAUUAGCCGACAUUCGUCAAUAUGAAUUCGAUGCAGCACGCCUGACGCUCAUGCCGCCCAAGAAAAAAAGAGUAAUAACGACGGAAGAAGGCACAACGAUCGAGAAAACGGAAGUCCGUGAGUCGCCUGAGGAAGAUUGAUCCCUUUUUUGUGUUUUCGCUCACAGAUGUAUGAUCUUCUUGUUGCGAGAGCUUUGAUGUUGAUUUUCUGUUCUUGAGAGUAGAUCUUUCUUUUUUGCUCAGGAAUGUAUAAUUUUGCUGCUGCGAUUCUGUUGUUACGAGUUUCCUUAUCAUUUGUUAUGGUUUUGUCGUUGAGUUAACCUAAGAUGAAUAAAUCUCUGUUGA